GAAUAUGUCUGCUCCGUAUUACCAUGAGACGCAACGGCGGCAAAUGUGCCUCAAGCAUACUCUUAAUAACUUACUUCAAUCCGAAGCCUUUACUGCGACGGACCUAGACCGCAUGGCGGACGGCAUGACACCUCCAACCUUGCUAGGAUUAAGAAGUCCGCACAGGACGCCACUAUUUGGAAACUACGACGUCAACGUACUUGAACUGGCUUUACAGCAGCAUGGCAAGGUCCUCACCUGGUUCCCUCGUAACGCCCUCCAGCAGCUCGCGCAACAUCACCCACAUCAACGUGAAGCGCAGCAACCGCAGCAACUGCACUCGCGGCAUGAGCAGCAGCAGCAGAAGCAAACAUCAGCAGCGACCGGCAUGCAGCGCUCCGGGCGCCAACACAAGAAUCAGCACGAAAAGUCAGACCAACAGCCGCAGCAGCAGCAGCGUCAACAAGGGCAGCAACAUACCAACGUAGCAGCCCGUGCCGAUGCAAACCCAGACACCGGUGUCUGCGUACCAACAUCCUGCUUGCCCC